AUGGACGCUCUUUCCCCAUCCGGGGUCGACCCUGCCCAGACUACUGAGGCUGAUAAUUCUACCAUUGACACGGGGAAGGAUUCGGCCACCAGCUCGGGUGGUGGUCGCAAAACAGUUCAGAUUGAGGGAGGCCCUUCACUGGGGACUGUCACUACUGUGGUGACCGCGGCUAGUAGGGCGAGUCGUAGAUCUGUGAAGCCCGUGACACCAGUGUUAAAGCGAAGGAAUUCGGGGGUUCAGGGGGAGGCCCCUAAGGUUAAUGUAGCGAUGAAGGGGACGGUCACACAACAGCUGCCUGUAGAAGUGGUAGGCCAUCGUAAACAAACAGGAGGGCGACCGGAGUCGAAGACUGAAUCUGAGGGUAAUCUGUCCGCCCCCAAGUCCAGUACAUCCUAUUCCGUCGAAUCCAGUGCCAAACGCCUCAUCGAGGGCUCAGGUAUGAUGAACUCUGGUAAGCUCACUCGACAGUCUACCAUACCCAUGAGGCCCAACGGCCCCCAGUAG